GUAAAAACUGCACUCCGCCAUUCUUCCUACAUCGACGGUGCACCGAGAUGGCGCUGAAGCCCUUUGGGCGGUUUGAAGAGCACAGCGGUGGCUUGCCAUGGUCCAUCUUCCCACGGAAACGCUUGGACAUUACGUACUCGGACAUCAUGUCAGCGAUUGCGUCGUGCUUUUCACUGAACGAAGCUGACCGCGAUAACCUUGCGACGGAAUUGGAGACCGCGUUUGACCCGCACGGUCGAGCUCUCGCUUGCCUCUCUGUUCGCACUGGGUUCGACCUGUUUUUGCAAGCCAUGGCAUUUCCAAAAGGCAGCGAGAUCAUCUGCUCGUCCAUUACAAUCCCGGACAUGCUCAAGGUUAUCCAUCACCAUGGUCUUGUCGCCGUGCCCGUUGACCUCGACGAGGACACUCUGGCAAUGCAAAUGGACGUGUUGGAGCACUCCGUGACUGCCAAUACCAAGUGCAUUCUGGUCGCUCACGUCUUUGGAACGUUAAACAACUUGGACGCCGUGUCGGCGUUUGCUAAGUCGCACCACGUCCUCCUUGUCGAGGAUUGCGCUCAAGCAUACUGUGGUCCGUCCUACAAUGGCCAUCGUGACACCGACAUUGCGCUCUUCAGUUUUGGGACUAUCAAGACGUCGACGGCGUUCGGCGGCGGUAUCGUGCGAGUCUCGGAUCGAGCGAUCCUGCGCACGAUGCGUGCCAUCAAUAACUCGUACGCGCCGCGAUCUCGCAAGUUUUUCCUUCACCGGUUGAUCAAGUACUCGGUGCUGCACUCGUUGACGACGCCCGCCAUGUUUGGUUUAUUUUUCAACGCCGUGUCCAAACUCGGAUAUAGCGCGGACGACGUGAUCACGGCGCAGAUUCGUGGAUUUGCAGGAGACUUGAUCACUGGCAUCCGCCAGCGCCCGUCCAUGCCGCUCCUGUUUCUUCUCCACCGCAAGCUCACGACGUUUGACAUGGAAUAUGUCGCGAAACGAAAGAGCAAAAGCGAAGAGCUCGAGCAACUCAUUCGCAACAUCCCGCAAACGUCGGUGCCGGGCGUGCAUGCAAAAAACCACUACUACUGGCUCUUCCCGGUCCUCGUGCCCAACCCCCGCCAAGUUGCGGCCGCCAUGAUUCAAGAUGGCUUUGACGUGACCGCCGGCGCGACCCAACUGGCGUUUGUGCCCCAGUAAGACCGUCUUGCAAUCUCGUCUGCAUGUGGAAUGGAUCGCUCUGUAGUCCCACGGAUCGAUCGUACGACCCCGUCAUCUCGAAAAAGGUGAUGCAGAACCUCGUGUACCUCCCCGUGACCGCGGAAAUGCCUCGCUGGGCGUUGGAGAAGAUGGCUGCCUCCCUCGCCAAGGCCGUCGCCGCCGCUCCUUCGUCCAAGCUUUGAGCUUCACCCCUUCUAGCUGGCGACUAACGCGCUUUUCAUGCCGUGGCUUUCAAUUUCGUUCUGUCGUUCGCACACAUCAUUGCCUCCCCCAGCAAGUCUUUUUGGUCGUCCAUGCUGAAGACCUGUUCUUUGCACGGCGCGCGUCUCGAAAGAGUCGAAGUCACAUACGCGCAAUUGGAUUCGUUUUUCUUGAGUUGUUGUAAGUCCUAACAGUUGCAUGGCUGAGGCGUCCAUUAAUCUAAGUCCAUCUUGUCGCCUUCC